AUGACUGUAUUCGAUGCACAAUCCGAACUUGCCGCCCAAGGCUUAAGACAAACCAUCCUGAAGCGUUUGACAGAAAUGAAGGUAGAUAUUGAGCCUGGAGAGGAAAUCAUUCUCAAGGAAAAUCCUCGUCGUUUCUGUCUUUUCCCUAUCAAGUACCACGAAAUUUGGGAAUUCUACAAGAAAGCCGAAGCUUCCUUUUGGACCGCUGAAGAGGUUGAUUUAUCAAAAGAUGUUCUUGACUGGGAGGAGAAGCUCAACAAGGACGAACGCCAUUUCAUCGGUCGCGUGUUGGCAUUUUUUGCUACUUCAGAUGGUAUUGUCAAUGAGAACCUGGUUGCCAACUUUUGUGAUGAGGUCAAGAUUGGUGAGGCUAAAUGCUUUUAUGGUUUUCAGAUCAUGAUUGAGAACAUCCAUUCUGAAAUGUACUCUCUCUUGAUUGACACAUACAUCAAGGAUCCUGUCGAAAAAGAGUUCUUGUUCAAUGCAAUCGAGACCAUCCCUCAAAUCAAGACCAAGGCUGACUGGGCUUUCAGGUGGAUUGCCAACGAAUCCAAGCAGCCUUUUGCAGUUCGUAUUGUUGCUUUUGCCAUUAUUGAAGGCAUCUUCUUUUCUGGUUCCUUUGCUUCCAUCUUUUGGCUCAAAAAGCGUGGGUUGAUGCCUGGCUUGACGCUUUCCAAUGAAUUUAUUACUCGUGAUGAAGGUCUCCAUGCUGAUUUUGGCUGUCUUUUAUUCCACCACAUGAUCAACCAACCUCCUCAUGAAACUGUCCUUCAAAUAUUAACUGAAGCUGUCGAGAUUGAGCAAAGCUUCUUUAGGGAAGCAUUGCCCGUCAGAUUGAUUGGUAUGAAUGAAGAAUUGAUGUGUCAAUACGUCGAAUUUGUUGCUGAUCGCUUGAUGGUCUCUCUGGGUUUCCCCAAGCAUUACAACGUCUCCAAUCCCUUUGAUUUCAUGGAUUUGAUCUCACUGCAGGGCAAGACUAAUUUCUUUGAAAAGCGUGUGUCUGAUUACCAACGUGCUGGUGUCAUGAAUGCCAAAGAAGACCGUAGCUUUACUCUUGAUGCUGAUUUUUAA